CCCUGCCCAGCCCUGCCCAGCCCCGGCUGCCGCAGACAGCGAAGGCGCCCGGCGCGCGGGCUGCCUGCACGGGAGGAGAUGAAAUUCCCGGGCUCCGUCCUCCUCUCCCUGCUCCUCUUCGUGGCCGAGACGGGCACCGCCCUGUACCUGAGCAGCACCUACCGCGCGGCGGGGGACCGCAUCUGGCAGGCGCUGACCCUGCUCUUCGCCCUCCUGCCCUGCGUGCUGGUGCAGCUCAACCUGGUCUUCGUCCACCGGGAGCUGAGCCGGGACAGACCCCUGGUGCUGCUGCUGCACAUCCUGCAGCUGGGACCCCUUGUCAGGUGUGUGGAAGUUUUUUACAUUUACUUUCAUGCAGGGAGAUUUGAAGAGCCUUAUGUCAGCAUCACUAAGAAGAGGCAGAUGCCUAAAGAUGGACAUUCAGAAGAAGUUGAGAAGGAAGUGGGCCAGGCUGAAGGCAAACUGUUUACACAUAGAUCUGCAUUCAGCAGGGCAUCUGUGAUCCAGGCUUUCCUCGGCUCUGCGCCUCAGCUGACACUUCAGUUGUAUAUAUGUGUCCUGCAGCAGGAGAUCACGGCAGCUAGAAGCAUCUUCAUGGUCCUUUCUCUGCUGUCGAUUGUAUAUGGUGCAUUACGCUGCAAUAUCCUGGCUAUUAAGAUUAAGUAUGAUGAUUAUGACAUCAGUGUGAAAGCUGCAGCCUACCUCUGCAUAUUCCUCUGGAGAAGCUUUGAGAUUGCCACCCGGGUUGUAGUCCUGGUCCUUUUCAGUUCUGUGCUUCAAAUCUGGGUCCUGCCUGUGGUGCUCCUGAAUUUCUUUGGCUUUUUCUUUUACCCCUGGAUUCUCUUUUGGCAAAGCAAGUCCCCUUUCCCUGAAAAUAUAGAGAAGGCUUUGACCAGGGUGGGCACAACCAUUGUAUUGUGCCUCCUCACCUUCUUGUAUGCUGGCAUUAACAUGUUCUGCUGGUCAGCAGUGCAGCUGAAGCUAAAUGAUCCUGACUUAAUUAACAAAUCCCAAAAUUGGUACCGACUGGCUGUAUAUUAUAUGCUAAGGUUCACUGAGAAUGCCUUCCUCCUCUUGCUGUGGUAUGUCUAUAAAACAGACACCUACCUGUACGUGUGUGCCCCUUUAUUAGUCUUGCAGCUGCUGAUUGGCUAUUGCAUGGCCAUCCUGUUCAUGCUGGUGUUCUACCAGUUCUGCCACCCGUGCAAAAAGCUCUUCUCUUCCAGUAUUUCAGAAGGUUUGCUGUCAUGUUUCAAGUACCUCUGCUUUGCUUGCAAACCGCCUAAGGCCACUGCGUCUAUGGAUAAGGCAGACUUGAAAUCACCGGAUGGUACUGGUGAUGAUGCACAGGCCAGUUACAAGACAAAUGAGUCUCAGAAUGGGACUCCUCAGAGUGUUUCUUCCAAUGCGUAAAGUGGCUAGUGGCAAGCAGGCGGAACCGGAAACUACUGCACAGUUACCCAAAGCAUUGUGUACCUUGGACUCUGAGCCUUGUUAAUUUUUCUGCCAGUGCAGCUGUACUGCAUGGGUACUCUGACAUGCACACGCAUACGGCACACUUGACAUGUGUACACAUACAGCAACCACUGUCUGUGGAUUUAUAUUACAUGGUGAUUCCACACAGAGGUUUAUCAUCUGCUUAGUCUGAAAUCCUCACAGGAGAUGUCUUUAAAUCAUAGCAAAAUGGACCUGACCCUGGUCUGGUUCAUUCAGGAGGUCUGAGGAGAAUGAGAAGACCUAGGAAAUGCAAUUUGUAGAGAGUAUCAUGAGAGCAGGCCACUUCAGCAUGGAAGCUGAGCAUAGUCCUGGACUACCUAGUAAUUGUAGAUGAUUAGCUGUGGUCUAGCUGGUUUUCUGCUUUUAAGAUAAUCAGCUCUUGCGUCACAUGCAUCCGACGAAGCGGGUAUUCACCCACGAAAGCUCAUGCUCCAGUACGUCUGUUAGCCUCUAAGGUGCCACAGGCCUCUUUGCCAGCUCUUGCAUCCUGACUGGUGCAAUACCAUACCACAGUCCUUUGUGACAUCAGGGUUGGACUGCUUCAAGGCAUUCUAUAUUAGGCGGCCUAAGACGCAGGCCAGUUCCCUACUGCUAGCAUUGGAGUGUGAUUGUUUCUGAGAAUGGCCAGAGGGCAUUAGGCUGAUGCACUCUUUCA